ACGGUUGCUGGGGUAACGACAACAUCGGUUCAAGUUGCUAACUGGCUCUUAGCUGGUGCUUCACUCUGGAGUUGACAAACUAAACUAAAUAGUUCGGUUUGACGAAAAUAACAUAGCGAGUAUAGAGGAUCCAUAUUUAAGUGUGUAUACUGGUUUUAGACAUCAUGGCAAGCCACCGGCCUCCCUCCAGCAUAGGACGGCCCAUGACCCGUAGUGGAUCUGUGGUCCCUGGUGCAGGAAGACCUCCAACAGCUGUCCGGCCUCCUCCUACAGCUAUCCGUGUUGCAACUGGGAUGGUUCCAGGUACCAGUGGCCAUCCUGGUAUGAGGGGUGGCAUCCCCAUCGCUACCCCUGGUGUCCUGUCAGCACAGAUCAAAGUGACUGACAGGCCUGUCACCCAACAGGGGCUGAGCGGGAUGAAAACUGGCAUGAAAGGGCCUCAGAGACAGAUUCUGGAUAAGUCUUACUACUUGGGCCUCCUCAGGAGUAAAAUCAACGAGUUGACUACCGAGACCAGCAAACUGCACAAAGAGAUUGAAAACUACAACCAGGAAAAUUCAGUCUACCUGUCAUAUGAGAAGAGAGCUGAAGGCCUGGCUGCAGAGAUUAAGGAUAUGCAAGGUCAGCUGGCUGACUACAACAUGCUAGUGGACAAGCUCAACACCAACACAGAGAUGGAGGAAAUGAUCAACGACUACAACAUUCUGAAGGCCCAGAAUGACAGUGAAGCACAAAGCAUUGACAGCAUCUUCACUGAGAGGAGAGAAAGAGAGGAGGCCAUCAGGGCGGUGGAGGAGGAGAUCAGGAGGGAAAGGCGGGUUGCUGAUGAAGUCGUCCAGGCGAUGCCAGCCGCCAAGCAGGAGAAGUACUUCACCAUGACAGCAGCCAAUGAGGAUCUGCUGCAGGAGCUAACAGUUCUCCAGGAAGAGUUGGACAUUCUCAUAACACGGAAGGAGGACUAUGAAGUGGAGCUGUCCCACUCACAGAUAAAGCAGGAAGUGGUCCGCCUUCAUGAGACACUGUCGUCGUUGGAGGCAAAGCGUGAUGCCAUGGAGGCUGAGCACAAAAGCCUGGGCUCGCCCCUGGAGGAGAGAGAGAAGUUAUUUAAGCAGGUAAAGGAGGACAACCAGGAGAUUGCCAGCAUGGAUAGACAACUUACAGAGAUCAGGGACAAAACCAGACAAAUCACAGACGAGAUCCGGCACCUUGAGCAGGACUCAGAGGCAGCUCAGGGGGAAUGUCAGCAGAAAUACAAGGAGCUCAAGAGGAAAGAGGAGGAAAUUGACCGCUUCCUGGACACGUUUGAAGACUCCAGGGCUCAGGAGGAGCAGAAGUUGACACAGAGUGAGGAGAACAUAGUGUCACUUCUGGAGUACUGCAGCAGGAACAUGCUGCGGUUACGUCAGGUGGACACAGUGACAGCUAGUGAGCUGAGGAACAUGCAGGAGGUGCUGGUCAGUAAGGAGACUGAGGUGGUUCAAUCAGAGAGCACCGCACAAGGAUUGUCAACAGAGUCCCAGCGCCUGCAGCAGGACCUGGAGAAGGUGCAGCAGUUAGAGGGUAAGAUCUCAGGAGAACUCAACACUCUGAAGGAGCGGGUCAGCACCAUGGAGUCUGAGCUACAGACCUACAGGGACCUGGACACCCUGAAGCGCUCAGCCGAGGAGAGGAAGAAGAGGCUACAGGAGGACCGGGUCGUGCUGACGGAGCGUAGAGAUUCGUUUGGACAGCUGUUGGACGAGAUGAACCAGAAAUAUGAAGCGCUGAAGAAAAAGCUUCAAGAAAACGAGACUCACGCUCAGCUGGCUAACCUGGAGAGGAAGUGGCAGCACUUGGAGCAGAACAACUUUGUGAUGAAAGAGUUCAUCGCCUCUAAAUCACAAGAGAGCGACUAUGCCUCCGUCGCCAAGAACGUCUCCCGACAGGUGGCCGAGUACAACAAGAGCCUCAUAGAGUCUCUGCAGAACAACAGGAGUUGAACACACACGUCCACAUUUUGACUGUCAGGCUGUCAGCAAACAGGUUUCUGAAGAUUGAACCUUUUCUUCUUUUGUUUUACAUAACACUCCUCAUUCUCCAAUGAAACAUAUGUUUUAUAUGGGAAAAUGUUCAAAUGUACCUGAAUUUCUCUAUUUAGUAUUUAUACACACCAUGUACAUCAGUUAACUUAUAACCUAUAGAGCCUGCUGCUUUCGAAUGCAAGGUUAACCCUUUCCACACUAAUACACAGCUGCCCAUAAUAUCUCACUUUUACAUUUGAGAAAUGAUGUAAAAUAUUCCAACAAUAAAUUCAAAGCGAAUAAAGACGGGCUAUUUUUUUUUUCCAUUUUUAUAUUUAUUGCUUUUAAUUACAGGACAAAAAAGAUCAACAAUUUGCAUAAAAUCCAAAUUCCGCUCUAGAAAUAUAUUUGACCUUUCCAGUACAUAGAUAUCAAAGAGUACAGUAAACAUUACAGCUGAGGGUGGCAGCAGAGUGACCCCCCCCCCCCUUUGCAAUUUAUACAGUACAGCAUUUUAUUUUAUUUUUUUUAAACCAUAAAGAUCGAUUAAAAAAAAGAAAAGAAAAAACACCACACUUGGGGCUGUUUUAUGCAUCCUCAGUAUGUACACCGGACGACCAUCUUUGUUCACACAACAGUCUUGACUGGUCCUCAUAUGCUCGGAGGCUUGUGAUCCAGAACUCAGCAGGGUCUUCAAGUCUUCAAUCAAAGGAAGAACUUGGCAGGGAAACGGUUUGGGGCAUACAGCGAACACCGAUACGGCCUAAGCUAACAGCAGGGUGUUUCAAAGGGUCUCAAAUAUCUCAUAGUGUCCACCACCGAUAUCUCCUGAUGGGUACUUUAAACAUUCAGGGAGAAUAGAAACCAAGUGAGUAUGCAUAGAUCAAUA